ACUAAAACCCAUCAAGCAAUAUGGCGGAAGAAAGUUUGGACCUUGGGAAUGACACCAAAAACUCUAAAUUUGCCCUAUUCAUCUUCUAUGUAGACAUAAUACAUUAUAAAGCUACAGACUAGAUGGCGACUGGAGAGACCAGCCAUGUAAUAGCCAUUGAAUCUGAAGAGGUCAAGAACAGUGUUUCAGUAUCUGUGCCUGUGGUCGGCUUGAGGGUACAGCUGCAGCAAAGCAAUGGUGCAAGAAGUAAAACAAUGACCGUUGAAGGCACUGAUGUAGGUACAGAUGGUACUACAACCAAACAACCGGAUAACAACAACAGGCAACUAAACCACACUCCAACAAAAAGCGACGAUAGUCCCGCGACUUCAAUUCCACCUGCCAUAGCAACAUCGUGUCAUAAUGAUCACUUGUACUCAGAUUUUGAUAUUCCAAGCCUUAGAUCAAAUGGAAAUCAGAGUUUAGAUUCUGGAAAUGAAAAAAUAAAAGCAAUCUGCAAUGGGGAAGUAGAUUCCAUGGCCGAGGAAGCCAUGGGGAACAGCAAUGGAACUGGAUGUACUAUCGGAAGUUCAGAUGAUAUUAAAACACUGAACGGAUUUGUCAUUGGAAAUGGGGGAAUGGAGGAUCAGGGGUCAAAGGGCUGCCAAGCAGUUAGGCCGAAAACUAUCUCCUGGAGUCGAUUGGUCAAACAGAGAAAGGACAAAAAAGAGAGAAACAAAAAACAAAACAAUAUCCGAGACCAAAGUCGAGGGGAGGCAUAUUUAUACCCAGAAAUGUAUUCUAGUUCCGAGGAAGAUCUGGAUGAUAUUGUUCCAGUGCCAGCAGAAGACUCAAAAACAAGUACCAAAUCACAGGCACCGAAGUCAUCCAGUGGGGGAACUAACUGGAAUUUACAUUUAGUCUGCGAAACAACAGACUCGGCACAGGAAUGGACCAGGCCAUUCUCGUCUAAGAGCAGUUCAAGAUGCAACAAAGAUGGCAUCGCCAAACCUGAGUGCAUCGUCAAUGGAACUGUGCCGAGUAGUGAAAGUACAGACAGCAACGAGUCGAAGACCUCAUCCACAGGAAGUGGGCAGUGCCCUCCCUUUGAUCCUGUAUUGAUGGUAAAGAGUGAUUGUAUCCUAGCCCCACUUGCGGUGCCAGAGGACAGUGGAGGAUCUUCCCUGUCAAGUGGGUCGGACUCUAAUUUUAACCCUGAUGAUUUUCUCUGUGAUAAUCUUGACUAUUGUUCAUGUGGUAAUGCUAUGUGUAGAUAUUCCCAGUCCCAAACUAGUCACGGUCAAUUCGCUUCACAAGUUGUAGAGAUGAACAACAUCUCGUGUGAAGAAAAUAUGCCAAAACCUGAAUCCGAAAUGAGAUCACCUUUUAUGCCGUUCUUACCAAAUGCACAAAUUCAACAGCUUCCACGCCCUGCUAGCAAUGACAGUUUAGACGAGAUCGGUGACUACAUUGACACCGAUUUUCCAUCUCAAGCCAGUCGACUACUGUUCGCCUGUAGUUCCACAAGUUCCUCCUCUACCUCGUCUGAUGAGGAUGAGGGGUAUGGGGUAAAUGCAGAACCUCGUAUUCCUGAUUUUUCAGAGCGAGAGGAAGAUAGAAAUGAAUUGCCUGUCCCCAAAGAUGAGCCUUUACCAUUUCACGAAGGAAAAGCGAAUGGACACAGGGAAGAUGAAAGUGAAAGUAGAGUUCUGUUUUUAGAUGAUUCUCCAAGUGAUUUAAAGCUCUGUGAUAGAUUGUCCAAUCAUGUCUGUUCAAAAGACAGUGAUCACGACUGUAAGACCAAGCCAUUGUCCAGGUUGGACAGUUGUACAGGUAAAAGUGAGAGUGGAAGUGAGGUUGGAGGUCAAAUAGAGUCCGACUCAUCCGUUGUGUACUCGCCGGAGACCGACUUUCUAGAAUUUGUGGACUCUGAUCUUCCGGGAUCUGCAGGACUUCACCAGUCCUUUUCCUUUGUCAGAGAUGCCGAGAUUCUAACCCCAUUUUUGUCUGAUGGACGUUGCUAUCCCAACAACUGUGAUAGUGUUCAUCAGGCGUCUCUGGCUAACAGCUGUGAGGAAAUGCUGGCAGAGGGGGCAGCUUCCCUCACUAAUAAUCUCAACUACGAUAGAUGCUGCACUGAUUUUGACGACUUCGACAACAAUAUGGAGAGGUAUGAUCCACAUCUUCACGUUGAUAAUGAAAAUUUUCACACCUACUGUAACCCAGAUUUAUGCAAACAGGAUAAGGUACCCGGUGCAAACUUUCAGAAUUCCGCCAGCAAUCGUCGGGAAAAGGUUUUCUACAAAGCCGCCAUGGACAGGGAAAACAGGUUAUCGUCGGGAUCCUCGGACGAGGAGGAAAAUGUCUCCCAGAGUUUCAUGAGAGAUGUGGCUUCCAACUUGGAGGGGCAGGAGAACCAUGCACCCCAGAACAGCAACACGGAAUGUAUGUACAUGGGGGACCUGGAGAAUCUCACGCACGCCCUACAGAAUGCUGUCAUAAUGCAGCUACCACCCAAACUGGAGGAAUCCUCAGGGGAGAGUUCUGACGAGCCAAUCUACGAGGAGAUCAAUGAGUGCCUGGAGCCCCUGUUGAUGGGGGAUAACAGUCUACAUGUGGUCAAGGAAGAAGUCAUGAAUAAAUCGGCUGACAAUGUGGCCAGGGUUCUGCCUAAGUGUGAACAGCGCCGUCGGCGAGGUAACAAACCUCACUGUCACAUAGAAAAGGUGAUGAUCUGGAACGAAUACGAGGCGUACGUCCUACAAGUCAAACAGAUUGGCACCUCGGCAUGUGGUCCCACGGCAGUACUCAACGUCAUGAAAGCGUUUGAUUGUCAAGUAGACAAGGAGGAAAUCUGUAAGACCAUCCUGGCCAACUUAAGGAUGGAGGGAGCACCCAUACCAUACUACCUCUUCUCUAGAUCUGCCGCAGGCACAACAGCUGAGAAUCUACUGGAAGGAGUGGAAAAGUUAACGAAGGGAGUCAUCCGUGGCCGCUUCUUCAGUUUCUACCCGCCACGCAAAGUGGAGCUCCUCAAGUGGCUUGGCUACUGGUUGAAGAAAGGCGCGGUUCCCAUCGCCACUCUGAACCUGCAGCGCGGGGUGAAGCCAGGAUGGACAAUUCCGGACGCCUGGCAUCACCAGAUGGUGUACGGAGUCAGCUCAAAAGGGGUAUAUCUGACCAACCCACUGGAGAUUGUUCCUGCAGAGACAAUUAUGGACCAGUUGACCAGCGACUCAGUUCUGUUGGUCAGAAGACAAGAUGUGGUCAACAGGUUUAGGGACUGGGCUCCACUCAACGAUUUCCUCAAGCAGAGAGACACACGCUGGCAAACAUGGAACGUGCUUGGUCAGGUAGUGAAUGUACUACGUGAGGCAUGUACAGCGCUGUCACACCAGAUCCCGCGACAUCGCGCCCAGCUAACCUCCCACAUCACCAUCCCCGCGGCCUACAAGGCAGGCAUCACGCUGUUCGUACGUCAAAACUCUGAGGUUGCUGAGGAGCUCCUCAGCGCACAGGAACUGGAAUUGAGGGACGGGUCAGAAAUGGAGACAGAAAACUUGAACGGAAUGAGCAAGUGUGGCGUGGAAUCCGAAUUGGACAUUACUUGUGCCAGUGCUAGUUCAUCCUAGUACCACCAUGUACUUCAUAACGUACAAAUAACUGGUAGUUUCCAGUUAAAAUUUAUCUUUCUAAGAUUUGCUAAACAUUACUGCUUAUAUUAUGGUACCAAAAUCUGAAUUACACAGUCGAAACCCCGGUUGAUUGGAUACUUAAUUAUUACUAUGCCGUUUUUAAAAGGACCUUUUAAUAUGAAUUCACCUCUUUUUCUAUAUUCCAACUUCAUCUGUUUUUAAACUAAUAAUCUUACCAGGAUACUUUUAAUGCUAAUGUACGAUCGUGAAGGGAUGUAUUGGCUAUGUGUGUAUUUAUGUAUGACUUCAGUGUGUGCGUGUCAGGAGAGGAAGAUGUUCUGGCUCUUAAGUAUAUGUUCAGUUGCGUAUCAAUUGUGUCUGUCUUGUUCGGAAGACGUUCAGUCCUUUUAGGUAUACGUUCUGGAGAGUAUGGGUGUUUGUGUUCAGAGAGAAAGUUGUUUCAGCCCUUAGGUACGUUUUCAGCCAAGUGCUGAGUGUUUGCAUCGGGAGAGAAGGGUGUUCUGGUCCUAAGGUAUGUGUUCAGCCGAGUCCUGAAUUUGUGUGGGCAGGAAGACAAGAAAAUAUUACAGCUCCCAGGCAUGUGUUCAGCUGAAUCCGGAGUUUAUUACGUCCGAGUCCACGCGUUUGUCAGAUACUGUAGAAAUGCAUUACAACUUCAUUGAAUUAGUGCAUUUUUAUUUUUUUAUUUUUUAUUCAUUGAUGUGGGGACACAUGCCACAUUUACAUAUAAUUUACAUUGUUCCCACUCUUGCCUCAUAAUGAACAAAUCUAUAUAUCUAUCUUAUUGCAAGCUCUAAGAGGCCACUUAUUUUCGUGGGUUUUUUAAUUUCGCUGAAAUUGUGGGUACCUAAUCUUCCUCCACGAAUUCAUAGGUCCACAAAGUAAUUACAAGUUUGAUGUAAAGCCGAUCUCCCAUUGGAGUGGGUACUCGUAAUCCACAAGUUCAUGUACCCACAAAAUGGUGGUAUGUCGGGGAAAUCACAAAAUUAGGGCCCCACAAAAAUAUCUGAUUUCACAGUCCUUACCGCUGUCUUCUUAUGAUAUGAGAAAUUUUUCAGUGAAUGAACUUGGUUGUUCCAUGUAUGCAAGUAUAAGCUGUUCAACAAUUACCCAUAUAUUAUAAUGAGAAAGCAAACAUGUGCAAAAAUAGUAGUGCUUAUAUUGUGCUGAUCAUUGAAAAUUAUAUUCAUUUUAAUUUCCUUGAUGGUACAAGGUAAGAACGAUAUUAUAUUAAUGAUUAUGAAGAAAUAAAAUAGUGACAAGCUUCAAACAUAUUGUCAUGUUAAUGCUUAUCUUUAAAAGUUGUAAUUAAAGAAGCAUUCACGCCGAUAUUUAAUUUAAAAUAAAGGACAAUAAGUGUUCUCGUGGAACACGACUGGAUUACCUCCCUUUAGGUUAUUCAAAAUGCCAGAUGUAUGUUGUGCUUGUAAGAAUUCAACAAUAUAUCAAACAAAAUAUCGUACGUAUUUUAAUUUUCUAUCAAUCUCUUUCUUACAAAAGCCAGAAAUUAAACAUCUACUUUCAUAUAAUUUGCCAGAUGAAAUGUGUUAUGUGUAGAAUAACUAUCGCUGCUGCUGGGAAAUUGAAGAUACAAAACCAUCUGGUCUUGUAAAAGUCUUGACUCCGAUGUUCGUCAAUGAUUGAAAAAACGGUUUUCAAUAGUUGAACAUAGAAUUGGACGUGGAUGGCAUCACAAUGAAUGGUCAAGCUGGGCUCACAUUAGAAAAAAUUCUGCGUCGCCAAUUGGUUUUGUUCUGAACAUUGUGCGACGCCAAGUUGAACUUUUUGUCACAAAUAAUUUUAAAAAGUGUUGCCAUUUGACGAUUGUUAAUGCGAGCCCUAGUCCAGUAUGGUGUGUUGCCUCAUUUUACUAAUUGUAAGUUGAUUGAAUGUUACUGUGUACAAUAAGUUCAUCUACAAUUACCGACACAAAAUAUAAAGUGAUAGCAUUUUACAAGGGGAGGUAAUCUGGUACUGUCCUUUUAUAACUUUUAUUUUUUUUAUUUUUUUUUAAAGUUUAUUUGUGCAGUGUUGUAUAAGCAGUUGUAGGAUUGUAUGUUCUGUCACUUAACUAAAAUUACUCGCCUUCAUAUUGAAAAAGCAGAUUCAAUUUACCACAAAUCAAUUCCGCCAUGUAACAUUUAGAAUUUUAUAUUCAUCAGGUGUACCAACAUGUAUGCCAAGCUUUGUCAUUAUAAAUAUACUGAUAUUUCAGAGGAUGAAAGUUGAAAUAUGGCAUUUUUUUUGUGACAUACAUUAUAAAAAUAAUCAGUAUUUAGUCUCCAUUAUUUGAUAGUGACACCUAUAAAUAUUGAAGUGAGAAUUUCCCUUUGUCUUUUACCGGUGAUUGUUAACUAACUACAUGUAAAAAAUAAAAAA